UGUGCUUUUGUCAGUAUGAUGUCUGUCUGAUGUGGUCGUGAGUUUUCUUGAUUGGUAUUGGUGGAAGUCUGAAGAAAAAGCAUCAAAUCAUCUUUUUUUUCCCUCUCUCUUUUUCUGCUAAUUUUCUUCCUCUCCCCAGCUCUUCCACUUUUUUGCUGGGUAUUACUGCUUAACGUGCUUUCCUCCUUCUUCUCUUUCACCACGCUGCUCUCUAUUGGACAUCUGAAAGGUGGGGACGCAUGCAACAUGUAUUCAAACAGUUUGACCUCCCCAGGUCCCGAUCAAGACCCCCGUCUGCCCCCUGUCCCCUCUGACCCUGUCCAUUUCAAUGAGGAGGUCAGCCAGGAAGGCAGCUCCUCCUCCAAGCAGUCUGUCUGUUGUACGAACAGUUGGCAGUCAAAACGUGAGGAUCCUGAGACAUGGAGCAGUGCAGAGGAGGUACCACCCUCCCCUGGCAAGCUCAAAUCACGCAGCUGUGAUGACUUGCUUAAUGAUGGCCAUUCUGGCUCAGGCGGGAACAAUGCCACGCGCUCCGAAAGUGCAGGGUCACUGCUUUGUGAUGGGAAUCCUUCGGGUUCCACUGGAUCCACCUCCACUCGUUCAUUGCCUCGCCUCCACCGGCGACGAGCGCACGAUUCACCAGGCUUUCUCCAGCUCUAUCGUAAGAUGCACCAGAUUGACCGAGCACAGCUCAUCCCAUCUGAAGUCAUCCGCUCGGUCCGUACUCGCAUCUUGGAGUUAGAGCGACAACCUCAUCUGCAUCGGCAUCGCCACUCUCCUUGGACACCGUCCUGGGGCGUGGAAGUGCCACGUGAUAUGGUGCCAAACCGCAUUUCUGAAUAUGAGCGCCUUAUUAAGAAGUCCAAAUCCAUGCCCAACUUGGAUGACAAUGAGAUGCCUUCAGGCACUACCACGCCUGGUGGCUCAUCAUCUCGAGCCAGCAGUGGCGGUGGUGGCACACCCAGUUUUCCAAAACGCCGUUUUUCCAUAGAAUCUUUACUUGAGGAAGAUAACAACGGCAACAGUCGAACAGUACCUCACACAAUAGUUCACUUACAUCGACCUCGUAGCCCACCUGAAGGCCAGCCUAGGGCUGGACCGGAGCCAGUCCGUGGGCGGUCCUUUCCUGCUCCUCCUGCUCUCCAAGGCUCUCAAGCCAACCCAGACUACUCCGACAGCGAACAAGAUGCUGUUGCGUCAGACCUUAGUGACUUCAUCCAGGUGGAGGGCUCCUCAUUUUGUAGUGAGAGUGACUUUGACCAUUGCUCACUAACCUCGACUGAGAGCUUGUAUGGCUCAUCCACCAUUCACCACCAUCACCACCUUCGUCAUCACCACCACCAUCACCCCCACCACCACCCUGGUCACCAAAGUCUAGGCCAGAGCCAGGGCUACCAACACCGCCACCUCAUUAGCACCUGCAAAGGUCGCUGCCCAGCCUCUUAUACCCGUUUUACAACAAUGCUUCGCCACGAGAGAGAACGUGCGCGCCAGGAGCACCAGAGACCUUCACAGCAGAACCGCAGUAGCCAUUCCCAAGUCCACAGCUCACAGUCCCAGCAAGCAAUGUCCAAGCUGGCCUUUUUGGUCAGCCCAGUGCCUUUCCGCAGGAAAAAGGGCUCACCACCUACCUCUAGAAGAAGCAGUGGUGGCGGAGAUCGAGGUAGCAGACCCAAGUCCAAACAGGCCAUUUAUGAAGCACUAGAUGCGGCCUUGAGGGACAUAUAUGAGCACAUUCAAGCAGAGAGAGGCCACAGAGGAUCUAGGCCACCUGAUGAUAGCAUCCUGAGGAGAAUACUGGCUGAACUGCUCCCCAAUGUGCCUGAACGAAGCUCCUCAUUGCGGGGAAGGAGGGGAUGUUGGCACGGGGGUCACUCCUCUGCAUCUUUAUACCCAGAUGGAAGCCCCACUGGGUAUGCCUCAUACAGAGGAGAUCCCUCCACACCAAGGUUACAGUCACCACGGCUACAGUCACCAAUCAGUGCCUGUUACGGACGCCACUCAGACACCUCAAACAAUAAUGAAUAUGGAGAAGAGCAGGGCAAUGGAAAUGGUCUCUGUUAUUCAGGUGGAGAUUAAACACACAUCACCCCUCACAUGUGCACUUUGUCUUGCCUACACAUAGUUGUCACCUACAUAAACACACACAUAUGUGCAUACAAACUUCCACUAUGCAUCUACAUACUUUUACUUUAGUGUUUCUUUCAGUUUUGCCUGGGCUCUUUGCACUGUUUCCCCCAUUGGUCAGCCGUUACAUCCUUUACUGUUCUUUUUAACAUAUAUAUCUGACAUUCAGCAGGACCUGUUUACUGUAAGUUCUCAAGUAAAAGCUGGUGUUUAAGUAAUCGCCAUUUCUUCAUUCUGUUUUAACUUAAUGCCCUUUGAGCCACUGGAAUGCUUUUAAUUUGAAACAUUUCAGAAAAUGAUGACUUUGUUUGAUGGUAGCUUAAUGCAGAAUGACCAAUGGCGUAGUAAGGACAAUUUGAGUUAAAUAGUAAGGGAGAAAAACAUGUCUUUCAGAAAGAGAAAAUCAGACAUACAAAGUGGUAUGUAAGAUAACUUUGUUGUUACACUGAUAGAAUUGGCAAAUUAAAACUGUUUAGAAAACAGGGACAGUACUAAAAUGUGAUAAAAUAUACUAAUAAAACAGGCAUCUCAAAUGAAUUUAUUUGAUUUGUCUGCAACAAAAAAAAAAUAUUUGAGAAUUUACAAUGUAUUACUCUGGUUGGAGUAAAUAAAUGUGAAAAUUCCUCUGUUUUUAAUUUGACUUUUGCUUUGGUUGUAUUAGGUGUCAUUUUAUUAUCCCACUGUCAUCUUUUCCCUCAAGCCAUGUGCUUGGUUGUUCAUGUUUGUAAAUGGUUUUAUCAUAUUUUCCUUGAGUUUUUUUUGUUCGUUGGUUUUUAUAGGAUUGCAUGUGUCAUAUUGUGAAAAUCACAUCCACCUUGUUUUUCCCUAUGGAAUGGAAAUAAAACACACUUAUUUUUUGACUCUGAGCUUUCAUUCCCUCAUUUACCUGUUGGAAUGGCGCCAUCACAGCACCUUUCAGUACUUUCUCAAAUCACUUUUAUGGAUUCUGCGCAUGCAAAGUAGCUCCGAUGACCUUCUUCAUGUGUCUCUACCAA